GUUAAACCCAGAAAUCAUUCACUCACUUGUACUUUCCACCUCCACUUCAGAUCAAGAAAGAGAGGCAUUUAUAUAUAUUGCUGAAUCGAUCAGUUAAUUGUACACAUUUGAUCUCCCUGGCCUGCACUCUCAUCAUUAAUCAAUCAAUGGCUAAAACUGCCGCAGCUUUCUCCCUUCUCCUCUUGCUUCUGUCCUUCCUCUCAGGUGGGACCUUCGCACUAAAGAAUCAACAGAAAACAUGGUGUGUGGCUAAGCCUUCAUCAGAUGAGACAACCUUAAAGAACAACAUAAACUAUGCUUGCUCCAAUGUGGAUUGUAAGAUAUUGCAAAAGGGAUGCUCUUGCUUCUACCCUGACAACUUCAUCAACCAUGCUUCCAUAGCAAUGAACCUUUACUAUCAAGCCAAUGGAAGGAACNAAAAACAGAACUUCAAUUCCAAAGAUGAACGUUAG